UUUUCUCCCCUCUCUCCAGCAGUGCCCUCCAAGCCGGGGCUCCUCCGCGGUUCCCAACGCCUCCCAAGGCUCCUCCCCGGCUCCCCCGGCCCCCGCGGCUCCCCCGGUUCCGGGCCUGGCGCCGCCGUUGCCCUUCGGGGCUCCCGGCCCGGGGGCUCCGGAGCUGCUGGUGCCGCCCGCGGUGACCGUGGUGCCCCCCGUGCCGCCCCGCCCGCCCCGGCCCCGCCCGCCCCGGCCGCGCCCGCCCUGCAGCCCCACCCCGCCCGUCAUCCCCACGCCCGCCCAGCCCGUCAAGACAAAGAAGGGCGUGAAGAGGAAAGCAGACACCACCACUCCCCACCACCAUGGACCCCAUCCACGAGUCGUCCUCGCUGCCCGCCGAGCCCAAGGCCGCCAAGCUGGGCCCGCGGCGCGAGGGCGGCCGGCCCCUCAAGCCCCCCAAGAAGGAGAUGCCGGACUCGCAGCAGCACCCGCUGGAGCUGCGCGGCUCCAAGGCCUCGGAGCAGCUCAAAUACUGCGGCGGCAUCAUCAAGGAGAUGUUCGCCAAGAAACACGCGGCCUACGCCUGGCCCUUCUACAAACCCGUGGACGUGGAGGCGCUGGGGCUGCACGACUACUGCGACAUCAUCAAACACCCCAUGGACCUCAGCACCAUCAAGUCCAAGCUGGAGGGCCGGGAGUACCGCGACGCUCAGGAGUUCGCGGCCGACGUGCGGCUGAUGUUCUCCAACUGCUACAAGUACAACCCCGCCGACCACGAGGUGGUGGCCAUGGCCCGCAAGCUCCAGGACGUGUUCGAGAUGCGCUUUGCCAAGAUGCCGGACGAGCCGGAGGAGCCGGUGAUCCCCGCCUCGUCCCCCGUGGUGGUCCCGCCCCCCACCAAGGUGGCCCCGCCCUCGUCCAGCGACAGCAGCAGCGACAGCUCCUCCGACAGCGACAGCUCCUCCGACGACUCCGAGGAGGAGCGGGCGCAGCGCUUGGCCGAGCUCCAGGAGCAGCUCAAGGCCGUGCACGAGCAGCUGGCGGCGCUGUCCCAGCCCCAGCAGAACAAACCAAAGAAGAAGGAGAAGGACAAGAAGGAGAAGAAGAAGGAGAAGCACAAAAAGAAGGAGGAGCUGGAGGACACCAAGAAGAGCAAAGCCAAGGAGCCGCCCCCCAAGAAGGCCAAGAAGAGCAACAGCAACAGCAGCGCCUCCAGCAAGAAGGAGCCGGCGCCGGUGAAGCCCAGCAAAGCCGCGCCCGCCUACGAGUCGGAGGAGGAGGAGAAGUGCAAGCCCAUGUCCUACGAGGAGAAGCGGCAGCUGAGCCUGGACAUCAACAAACUGCCCGGGGAGAAGCUGGGCAGGGUCGUGCACAUCAUCCAAUCCCGGGAGCCCUCGCUCAAGAACUCCAACCCCGACGAGAUCGAGAUCGACUUCGAGACGCUGAAGCCGUCGACGCUGCGCGAGCUCGAGCGCUACGUCACCUCCUGCCUGCGCAAGAAGAGGAAACCCCCAGAGAAGCUCGACGUCCUGGCCGGCUCCUCCAAGCUCAAGGGCUUCUCCUCGUCCGAGUCGGAGUCCAGCAGCGAGUCGAGCUCCUCGGACAGCGACGACUCGGACUCAGAAAUGGCGCCGAAGUUGAAGAAAAAAGGGCACUCGGGGCGGGAGCAGAAAAAGCACCACCACCACCACCACCCCGCGGCGCCAUCGCAGCCGCAGCCCGUCCCGCCGGCGCUGCCGCAGCCGCCGCAGCCGCCUCAGCCCGUCCCGCCGCCCGCCGCGCCCCUGAAGGCGUCGCCGCCGCCGCCGCCGCCCUUCGUGCCCGCGCAGGUGCCCGUCCUGGAGCACCCCUUGCCGGGCACCAUGUUCGACACCAUGGCCCACUUUGGCCAGCCCAUCCUGCACCUGCCCCAGCCCGAGCUGCCGCCCCCGCCCCACCUGCCCCCGGCGCCGCCCGAGCACAGCACCCCGCCCCACCUCAACCAGCACGUGGUGUCUCCUCCAGCUUUGCACAACGCUCUGCCUCAGCAGCCCUCGAGGCCCAGCAACCGGGCGGCGGCGCUGCCCCCGAAGCCUCCGCGGCCGCCGGCCGUGUCCCCGGCGCUGCCGCCGCCGCCGCCGCCGCAGCCGCUGCUCCCGCAGCCGCCGCUGCCGCAGCCGCCGCAGGUGCUGCUGGAGGACGAGGAGCCGCCGCCGCCGCCGGUGCCGCCCGCGCCGGUGCCGCCGCCGCCGGUGCCGCCGCCGCACCACAGCCUCCCCCUGAGCGCCAGCCAGAUGCAGCUGUACCUGCAGCAGCUGCAGAAAGUGCAGCCGCAGACUCCGCUUCUCCCUUCAGUGAAGGUCCAGUCGCAGGCGGCGCCGCAGCCGCAGCCGCCGCCGCCGCCGCCUCCCCCGGCGCAGCUGCCGCCGCCGCCGCCGCCGUCGGCGCAUCCCGCGGUGCAGCCGCUGCAGCCGCCGCCGCCGCCGCCGCGCCCGCUGCACCUGCAGCCGCCCCUGCCCUUCCCCGCGCACCUGGCGCAGCCGCCGGCGCCGCCGCAGCCGCCGCAGCAGCCGCAGCCGCAGCCGCCGCAGGUGCAGCAGCAGCAGCAGCAGCAGCAGCAAUCGGCCAAAGCGCAGCAGGUCAUCCAGCACCACCCGUCACCGCGGCAACACAAAAACGACCCCUACGGCAGCGGUCACCUGCGGGAAGCCCCCUCCCCCCUCAUGAUGCCUUCCCCACAGAUGCCGUUCCAGGGCCUCGUGCCUCAGUCGCCCCCUCAGCAAAACAUCCAGCCAAAAAAACAGGAGCUGCGAGCGGCCUCGGUGGUGCAGUCGCAGCCGCUCGGGGCGGGCAAGGAGGAGAAGCUGCACUCGCCCGUGAUCCGCACCGAGACCUUCAGCCCCCCCCUGCGCCAGGAGCCCCCCAAGGGCCACCCCGAGGGCAUCAAAGCGGCCCCGCACCUCCCCCAGCGGCCGGAGCUGAAGGCGCUGGAGGGCGGGGGAGGGGCGCGGGCCGUGAUUCGUCCCCCGGAGCCGACCCCGCCCCCCCCGGACAAGGAGCGGCAGAAAACGGAGCCCAAAACCCCCGUGGCCCCCAAAAAGGACCUGAAGAUCAAGAACAUGGGCUCGUGGGCCUCGCUGGUGCAGAAGCACCCGGCGGCGCCGGCGGCCGCGGCCAAGUCCUCGAGCGACUCCUUUGAGCAGUUCAAGCGGGCGGCGCGCGAGAAGGAGGAGCGCGAGAAGGCCCUCAAGGCCCAGGCCGAGCAGGUGGAGCGCGAGAAGGAGCGGCUCAGGAGGGAGCAGGAGAGGAUGAGGUCCCGUGAGGACGAGGAGGCCCUGGAGCAGGCCCGGCGGGUGCACGAGGAGGUUCGGCGGCGCCAGGAGCAGCAGCAGCAGCAGCAGCAGCCGCCGGCGGCCCCGGGCUCGGUGUCGGUGCCCGGCUCGGUGCCGGUGCCCGGCUCGGUGUCCGUGCCCGGCUCGGUGCCCGCGGCCUCGGCGGCGUCGGCGGCGCCGCAGCCCCCGGGCCCGGGCGGCUCCUCCCAGGCCAUGCUGGACCAGCAGCGGGAAAUGGCCCGGAAAAGGGAGCAGGAGAGGAGGCGCAGGGAAGCGAUGGCGGCGACGAUCGACAUGAACUUCCAGAGCGACCUCUUGGCCAUUUUCGAGGAGAAUCUUUUCUAGGAGAGGCGACUCCGGCCGGGAAUUUUGACUUUUCCCAAAAAAAAAAAAGAAAAAACAGAAAAA